AUGGCCUCGAUGUCCUCGAUAUUCGUUGCGGUUCUCCUUAUCGCGUGGAUUAUUCAUACAUUGUGGGCUUGGUCGCGUCUUCGACAUAUACCCGGACCGUUCUGGACUUCCUUCUCCAAGCUCUGGCAGGUCAAGACACAAUUCCGAGGCAACUGGUAUCUGGAUUUGAAAGAUGUGGGAGACCAAUAUGGGGACCUCUUCCGUAUCGGGCCAAAUCAGCUUAUGACAACCGACGUCAACAUCGUUCGACGGAUGGCGCAUCCCAAGUCUUCUUACACCAGAGGGCCCUUCUACCAGACGUUCAGGUUCCACCCAACCCAAGAUCACUCCUUCUCGUUACUCGACGAUGAAGAGCACAUUCGGAGACGGACCAACCUCGGCCCAGGGUAUACGGGUAACGCUCACGUAGAAGCCUGUAUCGACCGCCAAUGCGCACGUCUGGUUGAUCUCAUCGACCGCAACUUCGUGUCCACUCCAACCGAAUACCGACCUAUGGAUCUGACAUCGAUGUCUUCCUUCUUUGCCAUGGACUGCAUUGGCAACAUCUCCUACGGUGGGGCCUUUGGAUGUCUAGACGAGGGCGAAGACGUUCACAGGUUCAUCAAGUGGAACGAGGAUUUCUUCGCCGCUGCCAUAGUCAUUGCGAACUUUCACUGGCUGACCAAGAUCACCGCCAAGCCUCCCUUCAACAAAAUCUACCCCUCGGUUCACGACAGGGGAGGCAUUGGCAAGUUCAUGGCGCUUGCGACAGACGUGGUCGACUCGAGUCUUACCAAGAGCCGAAAUUGGAAGGGUACACUGGCUUCUUUUUUCGAGCAGGGUGUCACCAGAGAGGAAGCAAUUCACGAAUUGGUGCUUCAGAUAGUGGCGGGUACAGAUUCGACUGCGACCGGGAUUCGCAUGACAUUGCUUCUGCUUGUGUCGAACCCCAUGGCAUACCACAAACUCAGAGCGGAGAUCGAUAAUGGCAUAGGCAAAGGAAAAGUAAGCUCUCCUAUCAAGGAUACCGAAGCGCGACAACUGCCAUAUCUACAGGCGGUGAUCAAAGAAGGUCUGCGCACGUUUCCCGUAGUCACGGCAACAUUCUUCAAGAAAGUGCCCAGGGGCGGUGAUACGAUCAACGGCUACUAUGUCCCAGAGGGCACCGAGAUCGGUCACAAUGUCCUGGGCAUCAUGCGCUCCAGGAAGUACUGGGGUGACGAUGCAGACGCAUUUCGACCGGAGCGUUGGUUGGAGGCGGACACGGAGACUGCCGAGAUGAUGAGCGGAGUCUUGGAGGCUCUCUGGGGCUCGGGUCGAUACAAGUGUCUCGGUCGUGUCGUUGCGCAGAUGGAGUUGAACAAGGUGUUCGUCGAGCUACUACGACGCUUCGACUUUGCUGUCGUCAACCCGCAGAAUGCGGUCGAGAUACUAAACCCCGGGUUCUUCUUGAUGUCGGAGAUGAGAAUGCGGGUCACCAGAAGAGACGACAGACCAGGGAAGAUGUGA